AACGCCAAAUCUCCCACUAUCCGACGCAUACUCCGCGAGGCUGCAGAGCUUUCAAAUACGCCUUCUCCCGACUACACCGCGGAACCGUUGGAGUCAGAUCUCUUCGAAUGGCACUUCACCCUUCGAGGCCCGCCGAAUUCUCCAUAUAGCCAGGGUAUAUACCAUGGUCGUAUAAUCCUGCCUCCAGCCUAUCCUCUGCGGCCCCCAAGCUUUCGCUUCUCUACCCCGAAUGGUCGCUUCGAGGCCAACCGAGAGAUCUGCCUCAGCAUUAGUGGCCAUCAUGAGGAGACAUGGCAACCCGCCUGGGGCAUCCGAACCGCUCUUGUCGCGCUCCGCAGUUUCAUGGAAACAGAUGUUCUAGGUCAGUUGGGUGGCCUGGAAACCACUGAGGCGGUACGCCGCCGCCUUGCUCAAGAAUCGACGUCUUUCAGAUGCGCAGUUUGUACGAGGACAAAUGCAGAGAUCAUCGCCGAAUGCGAGGCCCGUUGUAAACAAGCUGCUUCCUCGUGUUCGGACAUAUCAGUUCCCGCUGAGCUAAACAUGGGCUGGAGGGAUGAGCUUGAGACGAGAAGGGACAAGUCGUCAUCGUCCCGUUCGCAACAGAUCGCACCUGGGUCCAGUCCCGGUGACGGGUCAUCUGACGCAGCUGAGCUCGCAGAGGGUUUUGUACAGACUGCUCCCAGCGUCUCAGAUAACGUGAUACCACAACCAGCAUCGGCGAUGCCAGCUCCUGGGACUCAGCGACGUUCCUCUACCACCCGCCAGAUAAGGACGGGAAGCGAUGAAGUGCCUUUGUGGAUAGAUAGGGUCAUUGUAGCGCUGGUAAUCUUGUUAGCCGCCCUGGUCCUGAAAGUCUUGUUG